UCAUGAUCGGUCCAAUAGUUCACGAUUCCAUAAAGGACAAACAUACAAACAUUCAUUUUUAUAUAUAUAUAGAUGGAAAUUUGAAAGAAACUCACAUAGUAGUACUAGGAUACUAUUGGCGUUUCAGAGAUACCCAUUUGGACUACAAAACUACAAGCAAUUAAUCACUAUAUGAGGUGAAUAAACCUUCUCCUGUUAUUCAGCCAAGAUUUACUCAUCUUUGGCCAGUAAGCAAGACAUUUUAUUUACUCAAAUCACACUAAAUAAUAAUAUUUGUUUUUAUAUCAAAGAUGAUAUCAAACUACUCAAAAUUUAGUAUUUGGAGGUUGUAAACAAAUUACACAAUACAGGGUUGAAACCAUAUAUAGGUCCUCAAGGACAAAUUGGUUUGAUAGAGGAUAAAUAAGUUUAAAUUAAACUGUAAAGGAAUUAGUAAAAUUGAUAAGUAACAUCAAUUUGAAUAUAAGAGAAAUGUAUCUAUUUAAUAAGUACUUGCUAUCAAGAUCGAGUUAAUAUUUUCUUGUUAGAAGUUAUAAAAUAAUUUUGUUAUAAUAGUAAAUUUGAAAAAAAGAUUGAGUAUUUAGUAAGACGAUAGAGCCAAAUGUUGAUAGCCAAAUUUGUAGGUUUCAUAAAGAAAGUUCUAAACUUUCCAUAUUGACACCUGAACAAGAGAGCAGAUACUACACCUUGAAACUUUGUGUUUUUAUUAUUAUAAAAUAUAACAGUAGCAAAUGUCCACAGUACCAUCUCUUCAAACUAUCCAUAAUUUAUUGUAUAAUGAACUUUAUAUAAAGAACUUAUAAUUAAUUAAUUUUGUUACUUUUAAACUUUUUUUAAAAUUUUAAAACCAAUUUAAAAAAAUGUAAAUUCAUAAAAUUUAUUGUCCUCUUAAACCCAGAAUGUAAGUUUAGCUUGUUGUAUAACUAAAACCACGAAGAGUGGACAGAUCAGAUCGCUACAUCGCUACAGCUAGAGAUAGCUGAUAAGCUGAUAGUGUGACUUAGCUAUGUGGAAAGUGUACAGUGUGACACUGUUGCUGGUAGAACUGGUUCAUGCAAACGUAACUACAAUCAGCUGUGAGGCUGAGCCGAGGUGGCUGGGUGACAUCUUGCAGGACACUGACACUUCUCUUUCCAGCUUGUUGAGUCAGCCUGUGGACCAGGAGAGGGUGGACUUUGCCCUUCAGUUCCUGUUGGGCUACAAAGGUCUGGUGGAGAGGCUCACCCAGGCGGCACAAGCUCGGGAUCCUCGGACCAUCGAGGUCUUCAGGCACUUGGAGCAGAGUGGUGGCCGGCCUGUGUUUACCCAGCUUCUGCCAGAUCUGACCAUUCGUCAGGAACACUUCAAGUGGAAAGAUAAAGACUUGGAAGUUCUCCGUUCUCAGGUUCUGGACAUCUAUGAAAACAUCGAGGAUUUCAAGAAAACAGUAAAACAACUAUUGGAAAACUGACAUAACUGUUUCAUUCUUUUUAUAAUAUUCCUUUUUUAAAUUGUUUUUACUUUACAAGAAUUACAAUUUUCAAACAGAA